GUGAUUCAAAUUAUGUCUGAGGCUUGUCAAUGUAUCAACAGAGGUGACUGGUUCGAAGACGCGGCUUCUCGAAUUACACUGUAAAUAAUAUUGCGUGACUUUGAAUUAACUUGAUUACGCAUGCCGAUAGCGACGAGACAUGAUCGUCUGGUAAAGAUGGCGGUGCAAGCACUCUCUUUCUAUUUCCGGGUAGCUUUCGCCAUCCUUCUGCUACAAACAAUCACAGUUGUUUCAGUUUGUGCGGAAGCUGGUUGCUCCAGUCAAGAGGUUGGCAUUAGCGAUAGUCACGUGAUGCCUGAUAACAGAUUUUCAGCUACGACAAUAUACGACAGCAGAUACCAUCCCUAUUAUGCUCGACUUAACGGUUCGCCUGGAUGGUGUCGCAAAAGUAGUGAUACUAGUGGCUAUCUCCAGAUCGACCUCAACGCCGUGUUCGUGGUGUGCGCUGUGGCUACGCAGGGCGCCUCAUAUGGGACAGAGUGGGUGACGUCAUACAAAGUUCAGUUUUCCAUGGAUAAUCAAGCAUGGUCCACAUACCGGGAGACGGCUGGGACCGACAAGGUAUUCACUGGUAACACGGACGGAACGACAGUCGUCAAAAACACCCUCGCGGUUCCCACCAUGGCGCGGUUCAUCCGGUUUGUACCUUUAAGUCAUAACAGGUACCCGACGAUGCGCGUGGAGGUGUACGGCACUAAACCCGACGUGUGCAAGUCGUCGCUUGGUCUGAUGGAUGACGUCAUCCCGGACUCAGCAAUGUCAGCGUCAUCGGGUUCAGCGUCCGCUGGCCGUCUAUACGGCAACUCAUCAUGGUGUAGUACGUCAUCGUCCGUCUCUGAGUAUCUUCAGGUUGACCUGGGAGGGGUGAUGACGGUCUCAGGAGUAGCCACACAGGGGUCCCAUGGGGAGGAAAAGUGGGUCAAGACUUAUAACCUUCAGUACAGUGGUGAUGGGACACGAUGGCUGACUUAUGAUGCUGCCACCAGCAAUGACUUCAACUUCACGGGUAACGUCAACAAGAAUGUUGCGAUGAUCAAAUGGCUCAGUCAUCCAAUCAGAGCGCGCUACGUCAGAAUCAAGCCGCUGACCUGGAAUAGCGCAAUCUGUUUACGAGCAGACCUGUUUGGAGACAUCGAAUGCUCGUGCGAGAGUCUGGCUCUAGGACUCGGUGACAAUCGCGUACCUAGCGCAAGUAUCUCCGCCUCAUCAAACAACGCAAAUGCCGUACGCGCAAGACUGGGCACUACAAGCGGUGCAUGGUGUGCGGGCUCAGGUGACGUCUCGCCAUACCUGCAGGUGGAUCUUGGGUCAAGUCACAUGAUCUGCGCCGUAGCUACACAAGGUGAUCCGUCCGCUGACCAGUGGGUACAGACUUAUCGGAUUGAUUGCUCGGAUGAUGGAGCAAACUGGACAAGUUAUAGAGAAAAUAACACCACUAGGAAGUUCAACGGUAAUUACGACAGAAACUCGGUCGUGCGUCAAGUACUGUACCAAGCCCCCGCCGCCAGAUACGUCCGCGUGGUGCCAAUUUCGGAGACUGGGUCAAAGUGUCUACGGUUGGAGCUGUACGGUCACCGACUGGGAUCAGAUUGUCAGUCUCACGCAGUCGGCCUUCAGAGCACAAAUAUGAUUCCUGAUCAUCGCUUCACCAGCAAUUCAUGGUAUAGUAGCGGCUACUAUCCCUGGUACGCAAGACUACAAACAUCAAAGGCUUGGACACCAAAAGCUGCCGAUAUAGACAAUACAUAUCUCCAAGUUGACCUGGGAGGUCUGUGGCGCGUGUGCUCUGUGGCCUCUCAAGGGACAACGAGCUCUUUGUUGUCGGAAUGGACCAAGCUCUAUACUAUUGCGUACUCUGACAAUAACAUCACCUGGACGCCAUAUAAUAAGUCUCAGGUGUUUACUGGAAAUACUGAUAUAUCAAGUGUAGUGGUGAGACUGCUCGCUCAUCCGCCACUGGCCAGAUUCAUCCGGUUUGUUCCAACAGCAUACCAAACUUACCCAACAACAAGACUGGAUUACCGCGGAUUACAGUCAGCUUGUGCAUCGUCACUCGGAGUGGAGCGUGGCUACAUCCUUGACUCACAAAUGACGUCAUCAAGCAAUAAUGGCGCGUACACGGCAUCCGCUGGCCGAUUGUACGGCGGCUCAUCUUGGUGCAGUUCCACAUCAGCCAACACUGAGUAUCUUCAGGUUGACCUUAGAGGGGUGAGGACAGUUACAGGAAUAGCCACACAGGGUUCCCGCACGCUAAGAAAGUGGGUCACGCUAUACGUUAUCAAGUACAGCUUCACUGGAACCGAGUGGAGCGACGUCAAGGAUGGCGGGUCUAUACCAAGGAUAUUUGACGGCAACGUGAACCACAACACAGGGCGUGUUAACUGGUUUAAGGUCCCCAUCGCUGCACAAUUCAUCAGGGUUCACCCUCAGGCAGUGAAUGGCGGCAACGCCUGCAUGAGAAUAGACUUUUAUGGCUGCACUUUUGUAUUUUUACCUGGUUUUAAAUCUGAAAGACAAAUCAAUCUCCAGGCAUCAAACGGUACACACGUGUCUGUACCCUGUCUGAUAAACGGACAACUGCAGCCCGUUGAUUUUAAAUGGUACAAAAAUGAUACCUUGAUGGCUGGGGAUACUUCAAGCAGUAUCACCGUAACGUACCGCUCAGCAGCUGACGUGAAACACAGCUACAAAUGUGUGCAUCCAGACCCGAACCGCCGACCUGUAAAUUGUGUCCAGUCGUACGCAUGCUCUGCAAGGUAUCCGCUGACUCUACCAAGUGCAGGCAUAGCCAGACGUGCUGAGAUAGCGGUCUCUGUCCAGCUAAAUGUUUUGGCAGCACCAGUAGUAGCUGUAACAAGGAAUAAGCGCUCACUUACACUGCAGCUGACGUCAUUAGCAGACGACUCGACAGGACCGCUGACCGGUUAUACCGUCAAGUACCGGACGAGUGGAGCAUGGACUACACGUGAGAUCCUCUCGUCGUCACAAUACGAGUUGACUGGUCUUGUGCCGUACACGAGCUACACGGUGCAGGCAAGAGGGAAGAGUGUGGUUGGGCUCGGGUUGUGGAGUUCAGCGGGUUCCUACACAACUCUCAUGGCAGAUCCAGAUGGAAAACUUAUAAUUUCUCAAUCGACGGCUGCAACAUCAUCCACCGCAAUACGGAUACAAUGGACGCUCUCCUCUGACUACCGACUUAACGGGCAAUUUAAGGAAUACAUAGUAUUGUUCGAGUACAUGGCCAGCAAUGGAAGUAAUAUUAUAAAAUCAGAAAAAGUGACAAACAUCAACACGCAAGACCUUUCCUUGAGCCUGCUCAAAAAAUUUACCAAUUACACCCUUACCCUUCGCUCAAGUAACACUCAGUACACCGGAGCCACAAGUGACGCGCGCAUUGUACAGACCUGGGAGGACGUUCCGAGUGCACCACCUUCAGGCGUAAAUCACGCCGAAAUCAACUCAACGACAUUCAACAUCAGUUGGAACCCAAUCCCCAAAGAUCAGAGCAACGGAAUUAUCACCAGUUACGAUCUGGAACUAAGUUCCGGACAAGCCAGACUGCGCAGUCGGUCCCUUCCAGAGUCCCUCAAUUCCACCUUGACGUACAUCGUACUGCAUGACCUGGAAAAUUGCACCAUUUACCAUCUGCGGGUGCGGGCGAGAACAGGAAAAGGACCUGGUCCGUACAGCCCACAAUACACGCUACAAACAUCCCGUAUGUAUCAAUAUCCCGUAUGAAUGAAUGAGUAUCACAUAUACUGCCAACAAUACACGCUACUGACACCCCGUAUGUAUGAAUAUCCCGUAUGCAUGAAUGAGUAUUACAUACACAGCCCAUAAUACACGCUACAUACAUCCCGUAUGUAUCAAUAUCCCGUAUGCAUGAAUGAGUAUUACACAUACUGCCAACAAUACACGCUACAGACAUCCCGUAUGUAUAAAUAUCCCGUAUGCAUGAAUGAGUAUUACACAUACAGCCAACAAUACACGCUACUGACACCCCGUAUGUAUCAAUAUCCCGUAUGCAUGAAUGAGUAUUACACAUACUGCCAACAAUACACGCUACUGACACCCCGUAUGUAUGAAUAUCCCGUAUGCAUGAAUGAGUAUUACAUACACAGCCCAUAAUACACGCUACAUACAUCCCGUAUGUAUCAAUAUCCCGUAUGCAUGAAUGAGUAUUACACAUACUGCCAACAAUACACGCUACAGACAUCCCGUAUGUAUCAAUAUCCCGUAUGAAUGAAUGAGUAUUACACAUACAGCCAACAAUACACGCUACAGAAACCCCGUAUGUAUUAAUAUCCCGUAUGCAUGAAUGAGUAUUACACAUACUGCCAACAAUACACGCUACAGACAUCCCGUAUGUAUCAAUAUCCCGUAUGCAUGAAUGAGUAUUACACAUACUGCCAACAAUACACGCUACUGACACCCCGUAUGUAUGAAUAUCCCGUAUGCAUGAAUGAGUAUUACAUACACAGCCCAUAAUACACGCUACAUACAUCCCGUAUGUAUCAAUAUCCCGUAUGCAUGAAUGAGUAUUACACAUACUGCCAACAAUACACGCUACAGACAUCCCGUAUGUAUCAAUAUCCCGUAUGCAUGAAUGAGUAUUCACAUGGGCUCAUAAGAAGGGGCAAUCAUCUGUAUCAUGUAAGUGUCACGGCGUUUCCUAGGAUCAGGCUAUUUUUAGACGCGCGGAUUAGCCAAUCAGAUGGCAGGGCGAAAAAAUUGACUUUGUCUCAAGGAAUCCAAAAUGGCGGCCGAGAAGGGGGGAAAACGACGCUUGCUUUUUAAAGUCUUCCUACAUCGUCAUAUGCCAUCUUAUUUCUGAAUCCUUUUUGUCACAAAGAAAGAAACAUUUUGUUACUAGCCUUGGACUAUUUAUUUCUCCAUAAGUGGACUAAAACGUUGUUAUGAGGAGAUUUUUUCUUGCUCUUGCAAAGCAAUAAAUUCGGAAAUAAGUGAUCAUUUGUUUCGAUCUCGAAAUUCUCUCGCUGAGAGGCCAUAUUAUCAUUCAUAAGGUGUUUGAUACUGCUAGUUAACUAACAAUAGUGUAAGAAGUAACAUACGGAAGUUUAUGUCUUGUUUUUUUUGUUACAUUUAUAUUAAACCAGCUCUUCAAAACUGUAAGUAAAUUGUGUUUGUAUAAGAAAGAAUUUAGUCAUGAUGCGCAUAAAUAUCAACAUUCAUGACCUGCCCUGGACUCAAGUUGCCCUGAUCUGGUAAGAAAUUGUAAAAACCUCUUGGCAUCUGACCUCUUGGCUGUCCAGAAAUCAAAUCAUUGCAAAAAAGAACAGGAGUGUAUAAAAGCAUGCAUAUAUGUCAUCCUGGCUCGUAAUAAUACUUGCCAUCAUUAUAGUAAUGGACAUCAUUAUAGUAAUGGCCCUAUUAAAAUCUUUCAAAAAAGUUCUUGAUGGAAAGAUGAUGCUGUCAGUCAAACAGUUUCAGGCUCUUGAAAUAUUGUGGAUCACUUGGGGAAAUGGACUCCAGGUCCAUUGACCACCUGGUGCUUGGACCCCUUAUCAAAUAUUCUAAUCAAAUAUUCUGAUCAAAUAUUAUAAGAUUUUUUUUCUGACUGAAAUAACCUUUUUUUGUAUAUAGACAUAGGUUUUCAAUGGAUUGUUAUCCUUGGUUUCCUUUAGUUUGCUGAAUGGUUCUUUAUCUUUGUACCAAUUGUGUGAUGAUUAUGAUGAUUAUUUCAUCAAUCCAUUCAUUUCGUGCCAAUGGUAGCACUCUGGAGUCCAUUCUUAGUGUCCUAAGAUUUGGAAGUGGUGAAAGCAACUCAUAUGGCCAAGCCUUGGUACGCCAAUCAACCGAAAGGAUUUACAACAAAACAAAUAUUCGGAGGAAGGAUAUAGAAAUGUCAUGAUCAAUGUAGAUGGGGCUAAUAUUUAGGUUACAAUUAUAAAUUGUUCAAUUGUUUUAGUGCACAUGCCUAGAAAGUAAUAGCUGUUCUAACAUUCCAUUUUGGUUUGAAUGGGGCUCUUUAAAGCCCAUCCAUAACAACAUUAGGUAAACAUAUUCACCCUUUAUAGCUACCAACUCCCAGUUUGUGGCUAUUAUUUCCUGGUUUGAUAUAAAUCAAGGCAAAUAAGUCAAUAACUUAGAUAUAUUUCAUACUAUGACUUUGAUAACCAGGAUUUACAAGCUUUGAUUUGUUGGUGCCCUGCUUCAGUCUGUGAAGAGGAAAAUCUGGCCUUGCACCAAAAAAAUGUCAGAUUCUUAGAAGUUGUAUUAACACCAUGCCAAAUGAAUUUACACAAAAUGGGCCAAAUAAGCACAGGAAGAAAACCACUUGACAAUUUCUAUCCUGUUGGAUCUUGUGGACUGUGUCAACAGUUAGAGACAAAUACAGACUUUAAAAGAAAUAGGUUGACACCCUUUAUAGGUGCUUUUUAAUAUACCAUAUUUUGGCAGGUCAAUACUUGCAGUUAAUAUUUAAUAGUAAGAGUAGCAUGUUUGCAGCUAAUAUAAACAACUUCAAAAAAUAAUAAACUAAAAAUACGAUAAUUAUAAUAAGGAGUUGUGUAAACUAAGUUAUUUUACAGUUAACAAAAGUCAACAAUAAAGCUUUUUGAGUAGCAAAACACAGUCAUUAAUAAAGCAGAUAUUAUCAUAAAAAAAACUUAAGGAUAUUUUCCUUAUUAUUACAUAUAAUUAUCAAUUACAGCAAAAUAACCGACUGUAAUUAUUACAGGGAAAUAACAGACUCUUGUGUGGCAGCAUAAUCUUCCCCACAAGAGCUCUUCUGAUAGAUUUAAGGACUGAAAGUGCAUUACUAUAAUGGUGGCAAGUCUUACAUAUAUGCAUGCUUUUAUAUCCUCCUUGCCUUUUUUGUAAUGAUUAUAAAACGUUUUAUAAUUUCUGGUCAGCCAAGAGGUCAAAUGAGAAACGACGUCAGUGGAUAGUCACUAUAAUACACAUCCUCUCUAUCCUCUCUUUUUUUUUUUUUUUUUUUGGAAAGCCAAAUUUGAACAAGGUAUUCAUAACAGAUCAUAAAUAGCAAGUAUAAAUUUUUUAAUUAAAUGGAAAUAGAAUUGACAAAAAGACACAAAUAUCUAUAUUGAGGUCGCCUUUUAUGUUAGUAUACUUUUACAUUCUUACCAGAUCUGGACAGUGAGUCCAGGACAGGUCAUGGGUAUUGAUACAAACACAGUUCCAGAUUUGGAGAGCUCGUAAUAAAACAAA